CCGGCCAAUCUCUACGCUUCGAGAGGCGGGAUUUGUUCCUACGGCAACGGGAGCCGGGACCGCCGGGGUGCUGUAGGGCUGUCGCUCUGCAUCGUACCGCACUGUACCACACCGUGCUGUCCUGUGCCGAGGUGUGCCUGACCAGACUGAGCCGUGCAGAUCCCCAGGAGGACGUCUGGGGGACGCCCUUUUCAGCCCCCCGCGCAGGGGACAUCUCACCCGUAGAAAGCAGCGGCUCCUUUCCCGCCGCAAGAGCACCGAAAGAUGAAGUGGCUGUCUGUCCUGCUCCAACAAUGUAUUUUUCUGGUGACAUGUGUGCUAGUGGCCUUGAAAGCUGUACCUAUAGACAUAGAUAAGACAAAAGUCAAAGGAGGAGAAGGCCAUGUAGAAGGAGAGAAGGUGGAAAAUCCAGAUACAGGACUUUAUUAUGAUGAAUAUCUCAGACAAGUAAUAGACGUCUUGGAAACAGAUAAGCACUUCAGGGAGAAGCUCCAGACUGCGGACAUAGAAGAAAUAAAGAGUGGAAAACUAAGCAGAGAGCUUGAUUUAGUAAGCCACCAUGUGAGAACACGACUGGAUGAGCUGAAAAGACAAGAGGUGGCAAGAUUAAGAAUGUUAAUUAAAGCUAAAAUGGAUUCUGUUCAAGACACUGGCAUAGACCAUCAGGCUCUCCUUAAACAGUUUGAGCACCUGAACCAUCAGAAUCCUGACACUUUUGAACCUAAAGAUUUAGACAUGUUGAUCAAAGCAGCUACAAAUGACCUGGAAAACUAUGAUAAGACCCGCCAUGAAGAAUUUAAGAAAUACGAGAUGAUGAAAGAACAUGAGAGGAGGGAGUAUUUAAAAACACUGGAUGAAGAAAAGAGGCAGCGAGAAGAAUCCAAAUUUGAGGAGAUGAAGAAAAAACAUGGAGAUCACCCUAAAGUUCACCAUCCUGGAAGCAAAGAUCAACUGAAAGAAGUGUGGGAAGAAGCAGACGGACUAGAUCCUAAUGAAUUUGAUCCCAAAACGUUUUUCAAAUUACAUGAUGUCAACAAUGAUGGUUUUCUGGAUGAGCAAGAAUUAGAAGCCUUAUUUACUAAAGAGCUAGAAAAAGUUUAUGAUCCCAAAAAUGAAGAGGAUGACAUGGUUGAAAUGGAAGAGGAAAGACUGAGAAUGAGAGAACACGUAAUGAAUGAGGUUGACAUCAACAAGGACCGACUAGUGACAUUAGAAGAGUUCCUGCGAGCUACAGAGAAGAAAGAGUUUUUGGAGCCAGAUAGCUGGGAGACACUAGAUCAACAGCAACUCUUCACUGAGGAUGAGCUGAAGGAAUUUGAAAAUCAUAUUUCUCAGCAGGAAGAUGAACUUAGAAAGAAGGCAGAAGAUCUUCAGAAGCAGAAGGAAGAGCUACAGAGACAGCAUGACCAGCUUCAGGCUCAGAAACAAGAGCUUCAGCAGGUUGUAAAACAGAUGGAACAGAAGAAACUACAGCAAGGAAAUCCUCCUGCAGGACCAGGUGGAGAACUGAAAUUCCAACCCCCUGGGGAACACAAAGUUGAAGAUGCACCAAAACAUCCUGUGGGAGGUGAUCAGCCUUUACCACCAGGACAUGUCCAAGAACCGGUUGCUGGAACUGAUCAAGUUCACCCUUAACCACUUGUGCCUCAACUUUAUAGCAUCUUUACUAUUUGGGGGAGGGCGGUGGGAGGGGAAGGAUAGGGAGGUGACAGGAAAUCAGUGAAAUACAAACUCUCCAAUUUCUUCCCUAGAUCAUAAAAUCAUUGGGAAUGUUAGAGGUGAAGUAUCAAUCAGAUUUGAAUUAUAAAUGAAACUAAUUUUCUCUCCAGUGCAUCAGUAAGAUAUACAACAAGGCAAUCAUUUAGAGGCUAUAAUGGAGAGAAUUAAGGAAACUGUUAAGAAAGAUUUUUUUUAUAGCCAGAGGACUGAGCUGUUGAACUCUUCUCUUACAAAAAAGGGAGAUGUCUGCCAUUCUGUGUUUAGGCAUGAAUUGGAAUCUUCUCAGAGAGGAAGCAGGGAACUGGCCUGAAUGUUGUUAAGUCUAGUUUUAUGUAGAAACUCUUUGCAGAAAUAUCAAGAAGCAAAAUACAGGGAAAUAAAAAAGCAUAGAUAAAGGCCUACCAUUUCCAGCACUACCAAACCCUUUCUUCUUUGAGACCAAAUAUAAAUCAAGCAUCUAAUCCUUAAUCACAGAAAAUUUGCACUUUCUAAAACCUAAACACAGCAAAGAGUUACGUGGAACAGUGAAUAUUUUUCAUGUUUACAGAAACCUAAGAAUUUCACUGUAGGCCUUCAACAGGAAUACUGUACUUCUGGUGUAUUGGUCUGAACCGUCCUUGUUGAGACUAGUUCUGUGCAGCAGUUGAAUACUCAACUGGGUCUUGGGACAGUACUUUUGUCCCCCUUUCUUUCAUCAUGUACCAGCUGAUCUCAAAAUUUUGCAUGUUAUUAAAUAAGCUUUUUAUGUUGAUGGAAAUGUUGUGCAAAACAGAACAAGACUCAGUCUUUUUCUGUACUGAUUAUCCUACCUCCUAUGAUAAUACCAGAUUUUUCAAAAUGCACCAUGUACUUCAGAAAGCUCUUCUCAGACAUGAAUCUUUGACUUAAGAGUCUCACUAUUAACUCUUAGUCUUUCAGCAGUUGGUGUAAGUUUAUGAAGUGUCCUAAAGAAGGGUGCUACUUGAUUGUAUUGUCUUGGUAUUGAACCAGGAUGGGUCCCUAAUAUUGUAAGCCAAGAUUACAUAAGAAUGAUUUUCCUGUGGGUUUUACUAUAACAUUGAAAAAUAUGUGAUUGUUCUUGCUUGUCAUUCAUUUCAGACUGAAAGUAUCCUAAAAUAUGAACUCUGACUUCUGUUUGAUUAGGUUUUUAUGUUUGGUUUGGGGUGUU